AUGCACCGCGCUAAGCUUGCUUUAUUGUCAGAAGACGCCUGUAGCACUUUCAGCGCCAUGAAAGCCGAUAUCCCGACAAAGGACAUCAGCGCUUUAGCCGAAACGAGAAAAGGUCCCAAAGCUGUAUUUAGGAUACAUGACAUACAGUGCGUCAGAGAAGUUCGCAAAGCAAGUGGGCGAUCUUCCAACAGCAUGAUGGGCUACAGC